AUGUCUAUUUAUACAGAUAUGUCUGCAGCAUUAUCUAUUUUGACCGAAAUAAAAUCUUUGGUCAAUGAAUCAGGUGAUGAAAAAUUAAAAGCAAAUACCAAUAAUGAUCUUCAACUCCUGAUCUCAGUUUUUCAAAACCCAAUUAUAAAAACUAUUGCAUCUGUUCAGGAUUCUGUAUCUGAAUUGAGUUGUCAACUUCAAGAACAUCCUUCAUUAUUACCAGUUGAUUUUGAUAUAUCACCUGUUACUGGUCAAUUAGUAUUGAGUUUGCCAUCCGAGUCUACUCUUUAUAAUAGUGUACCAGAAGAUUUGGAUCAAAGAGUUCCUAAACUUUCAAAUAGUUCAUCUACAGAAAGUUCUUCUCCUUCAUCAAAGGAAAGUAAAUCCUUAAUAAAAGAUAUAUCAACUACUUUACCACCAAUAACAACACCAUCUUAUGCAGUGGAAUUUCAAAAAGCAGUAGAAGAAGCAUCUAAAGGACGUAAAAUACAUAACGUUCAACUCUACAAGCCAGAAGGUUGCAGUUUGGGUUUUAGUGUAGUUGGCUUAAGAAGUGAAGAAAAGGGAGAACUCGGAAUAUUUGUCCAAGAAAUUCAACAAAAUGGAAUUGCUGCACGAGAAGGAGGGCUUCAUGAAGGUGACCAGAUUAUUGCUAUCGAUGGGCAACCAUUGGAUACAAAUGUGUCUCACCAGCAAGCUAUUGGAAUACUGCAACAGGCUCGUGGGCUUGUUCAGUUGGUCGUAGCGCGCCCUCUUACACCACCUCCUUUACCAACAUCACAACCUUCUAGUAACAUGUUGAACACAGAAUGGGCUCAGGUUGAAGUAAUUGAGCUGCUCAAUGAUGGAUCUGGAUUAGGAUUUGGUAUUAUAGGUGGUCGUAGCACCGGCGUUGUUGUUAAGACAAUACUUCCAGGAGGAGUGGCUGAUAGAGAUGGGCGAUUACAAAGUGGUGAUCAUAUACUACAAAUAGGCGAAGUAAAUUUAAGAGGAAUGGGAAGUGAACAGGUUGCAUCUGUGCUUCGACAAUCUGGGAGCCAAGUUAGAUUGGUUGUAGCUCGUCCAAUAGAAUCUAGUGCAAUUGAUAUAAUUCAAAAUUUAAGCUGUAGAGCACCAAUUGUACCAACAAAGAUGUUAGGAGAUGCAGAUGAGCUUGAUCGUCAUUUAGUUCAGCAUGGGUAUCCAGAAGUUGCAACAUAUACUCCUGAUUAUUUUUUCCAAAAUAUUACAAAUGAAAACAAUUUGAUAAUCAGUGAAAAUAUUAUACCUGCCUCAUUGCCUGUUCUUACAAUGGACAUGGUACCACCUGAUAGUAUUACUACUCUCCCAGAAACUGAUUCGUUUAGUGUGCAAUUAAAAAAAGAUACUCAUGGUUUAGGAAUAACUAUAGCAGGGUAUGUUUGUGAAAAAGAAGAAUUAUCUGGUAUAUUUGUGAAAAGCAUCAGUGAAGGUAGUGCAGCUGACCUAUGCAAAAAAAUUCAGGUGAAUGACCGUAUCGUUGAAGUUGAUGGAACUUCAUUGCAAGGAUUUACUAAUCAUGAGGCAGUUGAAGUUUUGAGGUCUACGGGUCAAAUGGUAACAUUGCGUUUAGAACGUUACCUACGGGGCCCUAAAUUUGAACAGCUACAAGUAGCCAUAGCAGCAUCAGAAAUGAAGCCAAACACAAAUAGUGCAACUGCGUCACCAUCUAUAAUGUCUUUGCCUAGAUUUCCAAUAACUGAUGGAGAAAGUACUGCAGAAAUUGAAGUAGAAGGUGAAUCAGGAGCAACAGUAGAGGCUGAUAUGCUUGGUGAAGUAGAAGAUGAAAUGGUUGAAGAAACUGAUUCUGUGGGAAAUUCUUCAGUUGAUGGAGAGCUUAAACCAGAAACAUUGAAAAAGAUCAGAAAUAAAUGGAUUGAUGUUGUCGGGAAUGAUGUAGAAAUUGUUGUAGGUCAGUUGAAGAAAUUUAGUGAAGGUGGUGGUCUAGGUAUAAGUUUGGAAGGUACUGUAGAUGUAGAAAAUGGCAUGGAAGUGAGGCCACAUCACUACAUACGAUCAGUUUUACCUGAAGGACCAGUGGGAAAAAAUGCUAGUCUUCAAUCUGGUGAUGAGUUGCUUGAAGUAAAUGGACACCGAUUAUUGGGUAGAAACCAUAUGGAAGUGGUAGCAAUAUUGAAAGAGUUACCUAUUAAUGUCAGAAUGAUUUGUGCUAGACGCACCGAUGAACAACAAUUGCCACACCAUUACCUUACCGACAUAACAGAAGAUCGAGCUGCUUUUGCUGCCAAAAAUGCAUUAGGCGGUAGUCUUCAAAAUUUAAUGCCUGCUACUGAUCGUUUGGUGAAAGCAAAAUCAGAUGGAUCAUUGGCUAGUACUGGAACAGCAGGGUGUUCAGAAUCUAGUAGAUUACGUUCUCGAUCUCUUGAACCUCUUACUGGAUUAGCUAUGUGGUCUUCACAGCCCCAACUUAUCGAGCUUAUGAAAGGAGAACGUGGCCUUGGAUUCUCAAUUUUAGAUUAUCAAGAUCCCUUGAACCCAAGUGAAACAGUGAUUGUGAUUCGUUCAUUAGUACCUGGUGGAGUAGCCCAAAAUGAUGGUCGCUUGAUACCAGGAGAUCGUUUACUUAGAGUAAAUGAUAUUUGUUUGGAGAACGCGUCAUUAGAUCAAGCUGUGCAAGCUUUGAAAGGUGCUCCCAAAGGAGUAGUCCAUAUUGCUGUUGCCAAGCCAUUGCCCAUACCAGAUAGUAGCAGUCAGGAUGAUAGCUCAGAAGAAAAAAAAUUGAUAUGA